CCGUGGACACGCAUGCGUCUGUGCUUGUUCCGGCGAUGGGCGUCUUCCGUGUUUGGCGUUGUGUGUCUGGCACCUGGCAACCCUGGCUGGGGGCUGGGACACGGCCGAGAGAUGCAGGCUUCGGCACCGAGGCUGGGCGUCGGCCUCAACCUCAAGGUUCCAGCAACCGCAAGGACCCAGUGGAGGACCAACCCUUCCCCGGGCUUCUGCGGACAGAGAACCUCGGCCCAGAGGAGUUGGCUGACGUGCUGCGGGCAGCUGUGGUGGAUCAGAAAGGACCUCUGGUGACACUGAACAAGCCACAGGGCCUGCCUGUGACAGGGAGACCUGGGGAGCUGACCUUGCUUUCGGUGCUGCCACAGCUGAGCCAGGCCCUGGGGCUUGAACACCGGGAACUCCAGGUUGUGCGAGCACCUGGAAAGGAGGCCUCUGGGCUUGUGCUCCUCUCCAGCUGCCCCCAGACAGCAAGCCGCCUGCAGAAGUUCUUCGUUCACUCAAGGAGAGCACAGAGGCCUACAGCCACCUACUGUGCCAUUACUGAUGGCAUUCCUGAGCCUUCUGAGGGGAAGAUCCACGUAGCCCUGAAGCUGGAACGCAUGGAUGGCAUAGAUCUUGCAAUCCCAGUGACAUCCCCAUCUCGAAAGGACUUCCUAGAAGGUGUCAAGAAGACCCUCAGCCAUUUCCAUGUGAUGGCCACAGGCUGUGGCUGUGCUCUGGUCCAGCUGCAACCCCUGACAGUAUUCCCCAGUCAGCUGCAGGUGCACAUGGCUCUACAGCUCUGCCCAAUGCUUGGGGACCACACCUAUGCUCCUCGAGUGGGCACCGUUCUGGGCCAGCGCUUUCUGUGGCCAGCCAAGACCACCAAGCCCCAGAGGCAGUUUACAGGGCAUUCAGAGAACAGACGUUGCUGAACAACACAAGGAGGCAACAGAUAAAACAAUGUGGGACAGUGCUGCCUGGCCUUCAAAGGGUCAGGGUGCCAGGAAGAAAGCAGCGGUGCUGUCCUAGAUAAAGGAGACCAGAGAGAGACAAAGCCACCAGUGUGGCCACCUUGGUUAUACUGGCCCUCAGACUCAAAACCAGAUCAGCAAUGAAAGAAAUCUAGGGGACAACGGACAUUUGAAAAAUGUGUGUGCCCAGCCCUAUUCAACUUGUUUGUUCUGAGACAAACAUUCAGAGAACAGACCGAGCUGAACAGAUAAAACAGAUAAAAACACAAUGUGGGACAGUACUGCAGGCCCAGGUUGGCCUCAAGCUCACAUACAGCCAAGGAUAACUUUGAACUCCUGAUCCUCCAACCUCAGCCUCCUAAAUCCUGGGAUUACAGGCAUGUGUUGCCAUGUCCCUACAGAAUUUGCUGUUUUAAACUGCAAAUUACUUCCUCUUCCCCAUUUCCUCUCCUUUCUUCCAAGACUACAUUGUUUGUGACAGGACCUUAUAAAUUCCUGGCUGAACUGACAUUUGCUCUGUAAACCAGGCGGGCAGUGAACCUGUGUUGCCCAGUGCUGGGAUUACAGGUGUAGCUCAGUAGAACUGCACAUACUGAACCUGCAGGCCUGGAUUCCAUCUUGGACAACUAGUGAUGACAUCCCUAACAAAGAUGGAACCCUUUUGCCAGCACAUUAUUCUAAGAUGAUCAGGAACCGUAGGAAAAAAGGCCACUCAGGUCAUUUAGUCAGUGUUUUCCCUUCCUGUAGCAAACCUAGACCUCGGUGAAUCCUAGCUGAAAGACCUUAAACGUUGUUCUCAGAAUUCAGAAACCCUUUAAAACAUCCUUUUAAAGGUUUGUUUGUAUGAUAGUUGUUUUUAAGUAGGCUCUCUGAAGCCAAGGCUAGCCUGGAACUCCCUGUGUAACAAGCUUCCCUUGAACUAACAGUGAUUCCCUGUCACAGCCUUCUGAAUACUGGAAGGUGGAGCCCCAUGUCCAGCUGUGGUGGCUAAUCUCAGUUGUCAACUAGACUGGACUGAGAAAACCUAGGAUUUUUAUAAGGCAUGCCCCUGGUGUGCCCCUAGGAGUGUUUCUAGAGAGAAUUAGACUCUGCGGGCUUUGCCCAAUGGAUGACUUCAUCCAUUGGUGGAUUCAGAACCCUGAUAAACUGCUAGGAAAUUGAGCACUGGGGAAAGCGAGGAUUGAUCAGAUAUUUUAUUUCCAUGCUUGGUGUGAUGACUCGUACCUAUAAUCUUAGCACUUGGGACGCUUGAAGCAGGAGGAAUGCCACGAGUUUUAGGUUAGCCUGGGCAACAGCCUAAGUUCUAGGCCAGUCUAGGCUAUUCAGAGCAAGUCCCCAUUUCAAAAAACAAAAACAAAAAUCAAUGAAACAAGGUAAUGUUUUUGAAUAAAAAACAAUUCUAGUUUGGG